AUGUUGAAAACACUUGACGAUAUCACCAAUUUACCUUUUUUGCUCAUCUAUUGCGGUCUAAGUUGGGCGUUCUAUUUUCUCAUUGGAAUCAAAAACCUCUGGAAACAAGCGGGUAGAGAUGGUGGCAACGCACCCGCGACUCAUGUGGCUGAAUGGUUUACAAACGAUCACAAUCCCAGGCGAUCAAGCAUCACAGGUGUCACUCCCAAAGGUGCCCACUUCAGCACCACCGUGGUCACUACGGAUCCAGAUGGUUCCGUCGAUGACGGCAGUUAUGAGAGUAGUAAAGAAGAUUUCUCUGAUGCAUUUGACUCAGAGGUUUGGGAAACAGCAUCUAUUCUGACCGCUGUGGUCACAGAUGUCCCCCCGACCGAAGAUACCCAUAGAUCUAGUAACACAAAAACUGAGAUGUCAAAAGGUAGUCAAUUGCCAUCCGAAUACUGUCAUGGGCGCACAGAAGUCGAAAUGGACUUGUCCCAAGAAUCUAAAGAUCACUAUGGUAUUGAAACUGGAAGCAUGGAAUCUGUGAGAAAUGGGAGAUCAUUCAAAAUGCCUGAGAAGUGCACAACCUCCCUUGAAAGACCAAACAUCUAUCGUCCGGAAAUAUCGCUUUGGCCAAUGAGAAGUAUUGACUCUAUACACUCGCACCCUCCCGUGGGAGGCGGAACCCUGGUAGGCGAGAAGAAAAGGAGUCUUUUGUCUUUUUCAAGGAUGUCUUCGCGCAAGGCCUCUGUGAAACCGAGUGAACUUUCAGAACUUCCCUCAUCACCGAAUCGCAGGAACGAACAAAGAUGUGGUGAAGCUCACAUGGUUUCUGUCAUCAUCUUUUGUGGGAUGUCUUCUCUGACUUUGGUGCGACAAUUCACUCCAGCUGUGGCUUCCCGUCUAAAGGCGAUGAUAUCCAGGAAAGUCCCAGGAGAACAAAAAACCCGAGCCAAUUAUUGCGACCAAGAAACAGUCUCAUUCAAAAAGUGA